AUGUCCCAUGCUAAGCAGACCCGUGUGCUUCUUCUCAACGAUAUGGAAAAGCUAGACAAGACCCUCUUCCGGCUGGAACAAGGUUUUGAGCUUCAGUUCCGACUGGGCCCUACUUUGCAAGGCAAGCAUGUCACAGUGUAUAGCAACUAUCCAGUUUCUGGAGAAGUGUUUGAUCGUCACAAGUUCAGACCCCUUUCAUGGCACAACCCAACAGGAAAAGAAGAUGAUUCCGAUAAAUACUGUAAACUAGACCUUCAGACGUCUGGAUCAUACCAGUAUUAUUUCAGUCACGAAGGUCAGAAAAGUGGUGGAGGCUACAUAGUUGUGGAUCCUAUUUUACGCGUUGGUGCUGACAAUCAUGAGUUGCCUUUGGAUUGUGUUACACUCCAGACAUUCCUAGCAAAGUGUCUGGGACCAUUUGACGGAUGGGAAGAUCGUCUUAGAGUUGCAAAAGAAUCUGGUUACAACAUGGUUCACUUGACACCAGUACAGAAACUUGGGCUAUCUAGAUCAUGUUAUUCGUUGGCUGACCAGUUGGAAAUAAAUCCUGAUUUUUCAACCCCUAACAAAAAGUAUUCCUGGAGUGAAAUCGGCAAACUAGUAGAAAAAAUGAAAAAUGAAUGGAAUAUGCUUUGUAUUACAGAUGUAGUCUACAAUCACACUGCUGCAAAUAGUGAGUGGAUCACUCAACAUCCAGAAUGUGCAUACAAUCUUGUUAAUUCUCCUCACUUGAAACCAGCCUGGCUUUUGGACAGAGCCCUUUGGCAUUUAACCUGUAAAAUAGCUGGUGGCAAAUGCAGUGAUAAAGGGGUGCCUCCAGUGUUUGAAAACGAGCAUCACUUGAACUGUAUACGAAAAGUUAUUAAUGAGGAUGUUUAUCCCAAGAUAAGAUUAUGGGAAUUCUUCCAAGUAGAUGUUAACAAAGCAGUGCAACAAUUUAAAACUCUUUUAACUCAAGCAGGUGGCUCAAAAGUUAAAACUGAUCCCAGUCAACAUCUUGCAAUCAUUCAGGAUCCUGAAUUUAAGAGAUUCGGCUGUACUGUAGAUAUGAACAUUGCACUGAACACCUUCAUACCACAUAGCAAUGGGCCUGCCGCAAUAGAAGAGUGUUGUAACUGGUUCCGCAAGCGAAUUGAGGAACUAAAUGGCGAACGGUACCGGCAGACAAAUUACCACCAAGAACAGGGGGUCACUUGCAUCUUGGCAACAGUGAACUACGAACGACUGGCUGGCCAUGGUCCGAAGCUAGGUGCUGUCACUAGAAAGAAUCCUUUAGUUACAAGGUACUUUACUUACCCAUUUAAAGAGUUAACCCUGGAAGAAGAAGAAAUCAUGAUGCAUCAGCCUGAAAAAGCGAGUUAUUUCAUGGCCCAUAAUGGUUGGGUGAUGGGAGAUGAUCCUCUGAGGAACUUUGCUGAACCAGGUUCAAACGUCUACCUGAGAAGAGAGCUCAUUUGCUGGGGUGACAGCGUCAAGCUGCGCUAUGGGAACAAGCCAGAAGACUGUCCAUAUCUCUGGGCUCACAUGAAGAAAUACACUGAAAUGACUGCCAAAUAUUUCCAUGGAGUACGUCUUGACAACUGUCACUCAACGCCUCUUCAUGUGGCUGAGUACAUGCUGGACACGGCUAGAAAAUUGCGGCCCAAUUUGUAUGUAGUGGCUGAACUGUUCACGGGAAGUGAGGAGCUGGAUAAUGUCUUUGUGAAUAAGCUGGGCAUUAGCUCUUUAAUAAGAGAGGCAAUGAGUGCAUACAACAGUCAUGAAGAGGGAAGAUUAGUUUACCGCUUUGGAGGAGAGCCAGUUGGGUCUUUUGUGCAGCCGCGUUUGAGGCCUCUGACACCAGCCAUCGCUCAUGCACUGUUCAUGGAUAUUACGCAUGAUAAUGAAUGUCCAAUUCAGCAUCGAUCUGCUUAUGAUGCCCUUCCCAGCUCAACGGCUGUUUCCAUGGCAUGCUGUGCUACAGGGAGCACUAGAGGCUAUGAUGAACUGGUGCCACAUCAGAUUUCUGUGGUGUCUGAAGAACGAUUUUAUGCAAAGUGGAAUCCAGCAGCAGCGCCCUUGACACCUGGGGAAGUUAAUUUCAAAACAGGGAUUAUAGCAGGAAGGCUGGCUAUCAACAGAUUGCACCAAGAGCUGGGAGCUAAAGGCUUUAUUCAGGUGUUCGUAGACCAAGUCGAUGAAGAUAUUGUGGCUGUGACAAGGCAUUGCCCUAAUACACACCAGUCUGUCGUAGCUGUUUCCCGAACAGCUUUCAGAAAUCCCAAAACUUCCUUUUAUAGCCAAGAAGUUCCCCAGAUGUGCAUUCCAGGGAGAAUUGAAGAGGUGGUUCUUGAAGCUAGGACUGUUGAAAGAAAUGCUGGCCCGUAUAAGAAAGAUGAGCACUCAAUCAAUGGAUUGCCUGAUUAUACAGUUGAGCUUCGAGAACACAUCCAGCUCAAAGAAAGCAAAAUCAUAAAGCAGGCUUCAGUUGCUACAAAAGGCCCCAAUGAAUUUGUUCAAGAAAUAGAAUUUGAAAAACUAACACCAGGCAGUGUGAUUAUAUUUAGAGUUAGUCUUGAUCCAAAGGCACAAGAGGCUGUGGGAGUACUACGCAGUCACCUGGUCCAGUUCAGUCCUCACUUUAAAUCUGGAAGUUUUCCUGAUGAUAAUUCAGAACCUAUACUCAAGACGCCCUUCUCAGCUAUUGCAUCAAAAUUAACUCUGGCAGACCUGAAUCAGGUAUUAUAUCGGUGUGAUGCUGAAGAACAAGAGGAUGGUGGGGGGUGCUAUGACAUACCAAACUGGACACCCCUGAAGUAUGCAGGCCUCCAAGGAUUAAUGUCAGUGAUGGCUGACAUACGACCAAAGAAUGAUUUGGGACACCCUUUCUGCGGGAACUUGAGAUCCGGAGACUGGAUGAUUGACUAUGUCAGUAACCGGCUCAUUUCCCGGGCUGGAGCCUGUGCUGAGGUUGGCAAGUGGUUGAACGCGAUGUUUAUCUACUUGAAGCAGAUUCCUCGUUAUCUCAUUCCGUGUUACUUUGAUGCCAUAUUAGUUGGUGCAUAUACAACACUGCUUGAUGUGGCUUGGAAUCAAAUGUCUAGCUUUGUUCAGAAUGGAUCAACAUUUGUUAAACAUCUUUCCUUGGGUUCAGUCCAGAUGUGUGGAAUAGGAAAAUAUCCUUCUUUGCCACCUCUGUCUCCUGCCAUUCAAGAUGUUCCCUACAGGCUGAAUGAAAUUACAAAAGAAAGAGAACAGUGCUGUGUUUCUUUAGCAGCUGGUUUACCUCAUUUUUCAUCUGGCAUUUUCCGCUGUUGGGGAAGGGACACGUUUAUUGCCUUGAGAGGUCUGAUGUUGGUUACUGGGCGGUACUUGGAAGCUAGGAACAUAAUUUUAGCAUUUGCUGGUACCCUGAGACAUGGCCUCAUUCCCAACUUGCUUGGUCAGGGCACUCAUUCAAGGUUCAAUUGCCGUGAUGCUGUGUGGUGGUGGCUUCAGUGUAUUCAGGAUUAUUGCAAAGUCGUUCCAAACGGUACCGAGAUUCUCAGAUGUCCUGUAUCCAGAAUGUUUCCUACAGAUGACUCCCCUCCUCAGCCAGCAGGCAGACAUGAUCAGCCACUCUGUGAAGUGAUACAGGAAGCUAUGCAGAGACACAUGCAAGGCAUACAGUUCCGGGAGAGAAAUGCUGGCCCACAGAUAGAUAGAAACAUGAGAGAUGAAGGUUUUAAUGUGACUGCAGGUGUGGAUGUGGAGACUGGCUUCAUCUAUGGAGGGAACCGUUUCAAUUGUGGCUCAUGGAUGGAUAAGAUGGGGGAAAGCGAUAGAGCUCACAAUAAAGGAAUUCCAGCAUCUCCAAGAGAUGGCUCUGCUGUGGAAAUUGUUGGCCUGUGCAAAUCAACAGUUCGCUGGCUGCAUGAGCUGUCUAAGAAAAAUAUAUUUCCUUAUUCUGGAGUUACUGUGAAAAGGCGUGGGAUAGAGGAGACUGUUUCUUAUGAUCAGUGGAACAGAAAAAUCCAAGCACACUUUGAAAAGCUGUUCUUUGUCUCUGAGAACCCAGCAGAUCCCAAUGAGAAGCACCCCACUCUGGUUCAUAAACGAGGCAUUUAUAAAGACAGCUAUGGAGCAUCAAGUCCUUGGUGUGACUAUCAACUAAGGCCAAAUUUCACCAUAGCGAUGGUUGUGGCACCAGAAAUGUUUUCUCCUGAAAAGGCUUGGAAAGCACUUGAAAUUGUAGAGCAAAAGCUUCUUGGUCCACUUGGCAUGAAAACAUUGGACCCAGACGAUAUGGUUUACUGUGGUGUGUACGACAAUGCCUUAGACAACGACAACUACAAUGUGGCUAAAGGAUUUAAUUACCAUCAAGGGCCUGAGUGGCUUUGGCCCAUUGGAUAUUUUCUGCGUGCCAAAUUGUACUUUGCCAAGUUAAUUGGUCCAGAGAUCUAUGCAAAGACUGUGUUUUUGGUUAAGAAUGUGCUUUCUCGACAUUACGUUCAUCUUGAGAGAUCCUCUUGGAAGGGGCUUCCAGAAUUGACUAAUGAAAAUGGGCAGUAUUGCCCCUUCAGCUGUGAAUCUCAGGCCUGGUCAAUUGCUGUCAUCCUUGAGGUUCUCUACGACUUGUAAUGGUGGUGAUCUGUCUCAAUGAAUCAGCUUGUUUCAUUCUGAAAUUAA